UCUACUGCUCACUUCCGUCGUGUUCUUCUUGCUAGCGAGUACGAUAAAGAGCAAAUUGAGGUAAAAACAGGAGAAAGGAAGAGGAUGGUAAUGGCGGCGAACACCUUCCCGUCUUCCUUCGUAAAACUCUCUUCCACUUCUCCUCGCUUCUGCAACUCAGUCAGCAAGAGGAUCUUUUCAGAUGUUGCAGGAGAUAUCACGAUUUUUGUUGAUGGGCAAUCGUUCUUGUUACACAAGUUCCCUCUGGUUUCACGGAGUGGGAAAAUUCGUAAAAUGGUGGUGGACUCCAGGGAUCCAGAUCUCUCUAAAUUGGAGUUUUUCAACGUUCCAGGCGGCUUCUUUGCUUUUGAACUUGCAGUUAAAUUCUGUUAUGGAAUGAAUUUUGAGAUUCAGACUAGCAACGUUGCCAAUCUCAGAUGCAUAGGUGAAUAUCUAGAAAUGACGGAAGACUAUAGAGAGGGAAACCUUAUUGCCCAAACGGAAACCUACAUGACUGAUAUAGUAUUGCAAAGCAUUGAGAAGUCAAUAGAGGUUCUUUGUGCUUGCUCUAGCUUACUUCCCAUUGCAGAGGAGGUUGGUAUUAUAAAUAGAUGUAUAGAUGCCAUUGCUGCUACUGCAAGUAAGGAACAAUUGGCUUGUGGUUUAGCCCGGUUAGAGUGCAAUGGAGGAUCUGGAAAGCUGGAUAUGGACUGCCAGGAUUGGUGGGUGGAAGAUCUAUCAGCAUUAAACAUCAAUCAUUAUCAAAGAGUAAUAGCUGCUAUGAGGAGAGCAGGAGUUAGAUCAGAUAGCAUUACAGCAUCACUUAUCCACUAUGCUCACACUUGUUUGAAAGGUAUUGAGAGACGCCAGGCAUGGGAUUCUAACUUGUCUUUUGGAGAUGAGCAGAGAGUCAUUGUGGAAGCACUUGUGGGUCUCUUAUCAACUGAGAAGAUCAAAUCUGUUCCACUAGCGUUUCUGUUUGGGAUGCUUAGGAUUGCAAUUGAAGUGAAUGCAUCAGUUAGUUGUAGGCUUGAAUUGGAGAGGAUAAUUGGUUUUCGGUUGGAAGUGGCAUCACUUGACGAUCUGCUAAUUCCCUCGUUGCAGAAAAAUGAUUCUGUGUUUGAUGUUGACACUGUGCACCGAAUAUUGGCAAAUUUCAUGCAGAGGAUUGAAGAGGAAGAUUCCGAUGAAUCUUCACAAUGUGGAUAUGAGUCUGAAGGUCUAAACUCUCCUAGUCAUAGUUCUGUUCUUAAAGUAGGGAGGCUUAUUGAUGGUUAUCUUGCUGAAAUUGCCCCUGAUCCAUAUCUGAAGCUACAGAAAUUCAUGGCAAUUAUUGAACUCUUGCCAGAUUAUGCCAGAGUGAUUGAGGAUGGGCUCUACAGGGCUAUAGACAUAUACUUGAAGGCCCAUCCUUCACUGACUGAAUCUGAAUGUCAGAAGCUCUGCAAACACAUCGACUGCCAAAAACUCUCCCAAGAAGCAUCUAACCAUGCAGCUCAGAACGACCGCCUUCCAGUUCAGAUGACCGUUCGCGUGCUCUACUUCGAACAGCUUCGUCUUAAAUCGGCACUCUCAAGCUCCUCCGCAGACGCCGAUGGCUCAUUUUCUCAAAGGAUUAUGGGCAGCAGCGGAGUCCCGAGCGCCGCCGUCUCUCCCAGAGACAACUACGCGUCGCUGAGAAGAGAAAACCGGGAACUCAAGCUUGAGAUCUCGAGGAUGAGAGUGAGGCUAAGUGAGUUGGAGAAGGAACAUGCUGUAAUGAAGGAUGGGAUAAGAGAGAGCAAAUCUGGAGAACAUGGAAGAGCUUUCUUGUCGUCUCUGUCUAAAGGUAUUGGAAAGAUAGGAUUCUUUGUUCCAGGUAAUGGAAAACAGCAUAAAAAUGCAAGGAAAGCACAGGCUACGACAGAUGGAAAACCCCACCGGAGACAGCUACGACGGUCAUCUAUAGCUUGAAAGUUACAGCUUGAAGGUUGUUUCAGGCGGAGCUGAUGAUCCAUUACAUCAACGAGGAUACACAGCGUAGUUAUUUGUUUUUCAUUACAUGAGGAUGGAGAGGAGAGUUCAAAUAGUUUAUAGUGUUCUUAUAUAGCUUCGUUUAUGUAAUGGAUAUAAUUUUCAUAAAAUGCUUUUUUUUU